AAGGUCUACCCUGUUGUAUUUGGCGCAUGUGACUUAUAACAUUUUAUUUGAUUUACAUAGUCAAUCGGACAUCUGCAGUGGUCAUAUAGCAUUUACUGCAAUAUGUUCUCUGCAGAAGUCAGAGCAUUUAUACUUCUUGCCUUCGCUGAGCAGAACUUUUGUCAAGGAAGUGAAAUUGUGUUUAUACAGGACCUCCCGCACCCACCUACGGUCAGCUUUUAGGCUACCUUUCUUUCCUCCAAUGUGACAUGUUGAGUUGUACGGUUCAAACGCAAGAAAACCAUUUCUCCGUGAACCAAUCGAGUGGAAAAUGUGUGUGACUACAUAAAUAAGGCCCGCCUGCAGUUCUGUUGACCACAGACCCUAAAAACAGCGGUGUGUUCCUCCUGUUCUGUCCACGUGAACCGAGCCAGUCGCUGACAGACAAGCCCACGUCCAGACACGCCCACCGCUGGCACUCUGACCAAUCAUAGGCGAUUAUGGCAAAUUAGUCUGGCAAAUGAGCGUUGGAUGGCGUGGUUUACGCUGGCCGUAUUCACGUUGCUGAAAUGUGUCAAACGCUUCGUCUUGGAACGGACGAGUGUCUGGAUGGUAAAUGGGAGAGAAACAAAAACAACAUAUUAGCACGCGUUUCCUCGUAUACACAAGUCCGACUGAUGGGCUUUAUGUUUUGGGGGAUGCACAUGCGAAUAGAAAAUAAAAAAGAUCACAGAAGACUCCAAGCUCGAAGUGGACUAUCGUAGUUAGAGCCAGCCACACCACCAUUUCAGUGCUCUACAGACCACGCCUUUACACCCAACACUCAAAGCAUACCUUACAACCACACCUUAUAACCCCAGACUACCAAUGGGCCUCUGUCCUACUUCUCUGCUGAACGAAUAAGCCCAUUGACUGGUGUAGUUGGACACAGCUGAUUGAUUAUUAACUCCUAAAGGGGCAGGGUUUGGGAAUGGCUGGAGGAGAUAGCGGUCUGGAAGGUGAGGAACCCUCAUCACCCCCGACGACUGGGGAGGGAGGUGGGAGGGGGGAUGUGUUGCCAGGGAAACAAGGAGCUGGGGAAGGGGUGAGGGAGGAGAGGUUAGGGGUAGAGGAGAUUGGUGGAGAGCCCUCUUGUGGAGAGGCGGGGCAGGAAGACGAGGAGAUGGCCAGUGGAUCACAUGACCUCUCUGCCUCGGCCAAUCACAGCCCUCUCAGCAACAGUGGCGCCACAUCGACCAAGAGGUAACGUCCUAUCCAACUUCCUGUUUGCUCCCCAAGACUCGGUUCUCCAAAACUACCCAACAAAACUACUCAACAGUGCUGUGUCAUCACCAGAUUCUAAGUGUCAUACUGGCUCGUUCUCCUGUGGUCUCCACAGCGCCCUCUCUGGACAGGCAGGCCAACACACGGAGGGCAGCGCCAGUGAGCAGACUGAUGCAGGUCAGAGUCAGGCUCAAAGGGAGAUGAUGAUGACAGUAGCUGAGAUGAAGAAGAUUGUUCCGUCAGACAAAUGCAGUCGCAGUAAAGCCAGCACUGUAGAGGCACUACACUACGCACUCAACUGUGUCAAACAAGUCCAAGCCAACAGUGAGUACUACAAGCUGCUGCUGCGUAACAGCCAGGAGGAGAGACCAGACGCCACGUCCUGUACAUUAGAGGAGCUGAAGAGAGUCACCUCUGAACACACCUUCAAAAACACGAACUCGUUCUUGGUGGUAUUUUCCCUGGUGAGCGGACGCGUGAUGUACGCCUCGGAGCAGGCUCCCAGCAUCCUUUGUUGUAAGAAGAAGUUCCUGGACUCUGCUAAGUUUGUGGAGCUGCUGUUCCACCAGGACGUCAACGUGUUCUACUCGCACACUGCCCAGCCACACCUACCACCCUGGAGCAGCUCACACAGAGCGGCAGUCCUGUUUGAGUGUGCCCAGGUCAAGUCCUUCUUCUGCAGGAUCAGGGGUGGUAAGGACCAUGAGGGGGAGAUGCGCUACAACCCGUUCAAGAUCACUCCCUACCUGCUGAAGGUGCAGGGGGACGAAGCUGUAGGAGAGGAGGAGGAGUCAUGUUGUCUGGCGCUGGCCGAACGCAUCAUCUCAGGAUACGAGGCUCCCCGUAUCUCCAUGGACAAACGCAUCUUCACCACCACACACUCCCCGGGCUGUGUUUUCCUGAAGGUGGACGAUCGGGCUGUGCCGUUGCUAGGAUACCUGCCUCAGGAUCUGAUUGGCACGUCGUUGCUGACCUGUAUUUACCCAAAGGACCGCCCAAUCAUGCUCUCCAUGCACUGCAAGGUGUUGAAGUAUGCGGGCCAGUCUCCAUUUGAACACUCCCCAGUGCGUUUUCGUUGUCAAAACGGAGACUACGUCACCCUGGACACCAGCUGGUCCAGCUACAUAGACCCCUGGAGCCGCAAGGUCGCCUUCAUCAUCGGACGACACAAAGUCAGGACGGGCCCUCUGAAUGAAGAUGUGUUUGCUGCUUGGAGUAAAGAGGACCUGCCAAUCAUCCACGAAGAGAUUAAAAACCUGCAGGCCAAGAUCUACAAGCUCUUCCUGCAGCCGGUCCAUAAUAAUGGCUCCAGUGGUUAUGGCAGUCUGGGCAGUAACGGUUCCCAUGAGAACUACAUCAGUGUGGAUUCCUCUAGCGACAGCAAUGGCAACCUGUUGGAGGAUUCACACCGUGAACCGCAGAUCUGUGCUGAUGUGAAGAGUUGGGGCCAACAUGCAUACUUGGAAUCCAGCCACAUACUCACCCCCUUUGGGAAAUCUGCCACAGCGCCCCUCCCCCACGCCAGGGCUGAGGUCAGAGGGCAUGAGGAGACCAGGAAGCAAGCGCACAUUCCGUCCUAUCAGCAGAUCAACUCCGUGGACAGCAUCAUCAGGUAUCUGGAGGGCUGUGGUCCACACUUGAAGCGUAAGAGCAAGUCUCGCUCCAUCGGCACAUCUUCCUCCUCCUCCUCUACCUCAGAGGAUGACACACCCACCACUGACCCACACACUGCCCAGGCCAGCUCCGACGUUGUGGUGCUGGACAAUCAGGUGUCAGUGGGCUCUACAGCAGCAGCUAUGGUGAGAGCUCCUCUCACAGACAUCACUCUGUCUACAAAGGCUAUGAGUGUAGUGUCAGUCACCAGCCAGUGCUCCUACAGCAGCACUAUAGUACAUGUUCCACAGCCAGAGUCAGAGGUGACAGCCCUAGAGGAUGCACCAAUGGGCAGCAAGCCUGCUGACCCCACUCCUGCUCGCACGGCCCCUAGCCCCACCCCUAGCUCUUCUGCCGAGGAGCUGCAAUUGGUGGGUCUGACCAAGGAGGUCCUUUCAGCUCACACUCAGAAGGAGGAGCAGGAGUAUGUGGAUCGCUUCCGCCAUCGCAUCCUCCACAGUCCCUCCAGCUCCUAUCUACAUCAAGACAACCGCUCCGGGGGUCACUCUCACCACCCAGGUGACUACGUGAUGCAACCAGGGACUGCAGCCGUGUUGAACCGCACUCGGACAGGGAAGCCUAAUAAACACAAGCGUCCCAAACCCAAAACUUCGUCUGACAGCUACGCCUCUCCACCCGAGCCCUCUCUUGCCCUCCCCCGCCCCUCUGAAUCCUCUAACCCCCUUCCCCAGUUCGGGCUGCCCCACCCUCCUAUAUCCCCUCCAAAAGCCCCCAUGGGUACCCUCCAGACCCCCUCCUUCACCAUGCUGAGAAGCCAGCCAGGGGUGCACCAAGUGUGGAAACAGCAGCAGGCAUGCGUGGGCCCCAUGGUGUUUCAACCAGACCAGAACCCAAACACAAACCAACAGAAUGUUCAGCAGAACCUCCCGCAUAACUUUCAGUUUAUGCAGCCCAUUCAGAACAUGCAGACCCAGUCUAUGCAGUCUGUCCAGGUGCAGUCCAUCCAGUCCAACUUUCCCAGCCAGAACUUUCAGUCCAUUCAGAUCCAGAACAUUCAGGGCUUCCCCAACAUACAGCCCAUGGCCCCAUCCCAGGGUUUGAACCCUUACAUGGCUCCAAUGAUGGCUGUGAUUCUACCCAACUACCCCUCUUACCCUUCAGGCUACCCCACCAUGUACCACCCCACCACACCCUCUCUGCUACCCCAGGCCCCCUUUAUCAUGUCAGACUUCGGCCCUGGUCUAGGCCCCUUCGCCCAGCCUCAGCCUAGUUCCCAGCCCCAGACGCCACCAGGCCAGCUACACUGCUCCCCCAGACCGAGCUCCUCAGUGGGGGAGGAGGUGGCUGGGCCACCGGCUCUGUUCUCCAACUCUCGCUCCAGUUCCCCACUGCAACUCAACCUGCUGCCGGAGGAGCUGCCCAAACCCAGCGAGAGUCAAAGCAGCACUGGACGCACACAGUCCCGUGCUGAGAUCCUGCACGACGCUCACACCAAGGGGAUUGAUGCACCCUGUGAGUCGGGUAACCAUGACGCCCAGGCUACGUCAAGUGAGCUGUUGGACCUGCUAUUGCAGGAGGAUGGCAGGUUAGGUACCGGCUCUAACGCCUCUGGGUCCGGCUUUGGAGUGGCUGGAUCUCUAAGCUCUGGCUCCAACGGAGCAUCCACCUCACACACAGGAAGCAGUAACAGCAGUAAGUACUUUGCCAGUAACGACUCAUCAGACACGUUUCGUAAAGCCAGCAAGAACCAAGAGGCCCAGCAGGAUCACGCACAACUCACACAACACGCCUUCAACAUGCGUGUCGAGAACUCCCUGUGGCGCAUGAUCCAGCACAUGCCAGAACCUGUGAAGAUGACCUACCAGAUCCAUCCCAGGGACCAGGCAGAGGUGCUGGCUGAGGACAAGGAGAAGCUACGUCUGCUGCAGCCUCUACAGCCCUGGUUCACCCAGGAACAGAGAGAGGAGCUGGCUGAAGUCCACCCCUGGAUCCAACAACACACAGUCCCUCAGAUGAUAGACACACAGGGCUGUGUGAACUGUAGUGCAAGAACAGGGAUUCACCCUCAGGAUCCAGAGAGCUCCUCCCCUUUGGAAUGCCCUCAGCAGGAAUCUAGUCCCGCCCCUGACACCUGAUACGCCCCCCAUCUAGGAAAUGCAAACCUGCCGACCCUUAACUCCGCCCACCAAAUAUCUCUACUGACCAAUUGCUAGGAGCUCAGAGAGACUGUCUCUCAGUGAGGCUGUCUCUCAUUGCCCUAGAACAGUGUUUUUGCCCUAGCACUACACAGCUGAUUCAAAUAAUCAACUAAUCAUCAAGCUUUGAUUAUUUGAAUCAGCUGUGUAGUGCUAGGGCAAAAAACAAAACCCGGGUUGCCAGGUCAGGCUAAAAUUUCUAAGGCCUGAAAACCAGGCCAAAUAUUUUUGGCCGCAGCAAGAUAAGAGUUGCCACAUUUAUCCAAUAAACCCUUUUUCCAUAACGCUAUCAAGCAAAUUAAGCAGGAAUAUCAACGUAAUUUCUAACUAUGUAAGCAAAAUGUGGUUUUCCAACAAAGGAUUAAUUAUUUUCCAUCAAUGGAUGUUGAUUUAACCUUUUUUGGCUGCUAUGAUUACACAAUAAAGCCUUAGGAGGUGUGGUAUAUGGCCAAUAUACCACGGCUAAGGACUGUUGUUAGGACACAUCCCUUAGCCUUGGUAUAUUGGCCAUAUACCACAAACCCCUGAGGUACCUUAUUGCUAUUAUAUACUGCUUACCAACUUAAUUAUUUGUCAUACCUGUGGUACACUGUCUGAUAUACCACGAUUUUCAACCAAUCAGCUUUCAGGGCUCAAACCACCCAGUUUAUAAUUGUAAAUAAAUCAAUUUUGCGAUUGUGCAUAAGUAUAGAUAAAUUCGACAGGAGAGUCUGAGUGAUGAAAGUUGGACAGAGGAUCUUGAAAUCUCUGUACAAGAAACACUUGAACUUGAACUUCGAAUGUUUUUGAAAAACGAAUGUUGGGUCCCCAGGACUGAGUUUGGGAAAGGCUGCCCUAGAAUCUUCAGACACAGAUUAACUCACAUACACAGAUCUGAACAGCUGCAUCAGAGGCUGUAUUGGGCCGGAGGGCACAGAGGAAUGGAGAAUUCUGAUUGGCUCUUUCUGGCAGGUGAGAGACGGGUAUUCUUAUUGGCUGGUCUCUGGACCCCAAUUGGAUCACUUCUGACAGAUUUUGUUGGAUUCCAAUGGAUCACUUGUACUCUCUCUCUCUGUCCCUCCCUCUCUCUCACUAUAGACCCUGUGUAUAUUCAUUUGGGAGUCUGUUCUUCAGGCUGUUUAGAACCUGGAUGGCCUGAUACCACUGGGAGAUAUCAAAAACACAGACUGAAAUCUACUCAUGUUAUGGACACACUCUGGGUGAUACUGGCAGAGUGAUUGUAUGGACAGUUACAGCCCUAAGCCGACUCCCACUCCAAAUGAACUCGAUGCAUUUUUGUCUAGCUAGCAAAUGGAUCUGACAAGCAGAAGGCCUUAUGUUGUGUAUGAGUGACAUGUGUAUGGACACACUGUGAGAUGCGAGGUGAUGUUACGGACAGAGAAACCCUCAGUAUGAUACAGACAGUGACGGGGUGUUGAACUGCAGUACAGCGUCUUGGUUGUUCCCUGGAUCCAUGGACCAGCACAGGGACUCCAGAAGGCACAGUUGUGGACCUGGACCUAGAAUGAACAGUUGCCAUGACGUUCCACCGCUUCUGCUCCUUUCAAUUUCUAAUUUUGUGAUUGUUGUCUGUGUCUCUACGAUUCCAAAGGUACUCCUUGUCCUAACCUUAACAAGCUGCAGCCUCAGCCAGGCUCACUUUAUUGAAUGAAAUGUUAUAAAGGCUUGAUGUUGGCGUCUUCUGUAUGUUUGGUGUGUGUGUCUUCUCUAUGUGCUCAUGUCCAUAAGCGUUCUGUUUGUCUGAUAUAUCUGGAUGAUGUCAUCUAGGUUUUGUACUGUUUUUUUGUACAAAAAAAGUAUAGUACAGUACAAUGUAUUUUAGACGGAAAAAAACGAUAUACAAAGCAAUUUGUUUUGAAUUGAGGGAGUUUUUGUGACAACUUGAAAUGACUACAUAAAAAGGACGACAACAAUGA